CGGACGCCCAAACAUGGGAGAGCAUACAAGGCCCCGAAACACUCUGUCUGGUUGAUAUAGCCUUGAUCAGUAGAUGUGCACAUGUGUUUUAUAUGAAAAAGGCUUAAUUUUCGCACAAAUAGGCACCUAAUUUUUAGCACAAAUCACGCAGAAAUUUUGGCGCAAAAUCGCUUGCGCCGAAUUUUGGCGCAAGAGGGUCUCACGGGCGUCCGGCGUAGUGUAUGGAUGUUUUCCAGUCUGGCUCCUUCAUAUCACCAGAGUCACUGAAAAACUGAAAAUUCCAACUGAAAAUUGUCCCACUCCCAAAUGCACAUAUACCUUACCUUACCUCUGGCUCUGGACCUGCCGUGAGUGACCUCGAGUACGACCGUCCGUGGCCGCAGAGAAGAAGUCUUCUGGAGCCAGGUCGACACCUCAGUGGAAUAGCUGGUGCAUUUGUAACAUAUCGCCUCAACGCAGACGAUAGAACAGCGAAGGCAGUUUCAGUACUUGUAGUCGCUCCUCAUAGGGAAGAUGUCUGAUUGAAGUUACCAGUCUGAGCUGUUUCCGAUCACCUCUCGCCCUCACCGCGGCAGCGAUGGACGCGCCGGCCACCACGCCGGCCACGGUUCCGGCCGCCGUGCCGGUGACGGUGCCGCUGGUCUCCUCGGACCUGCGGCCGCAGGAGACGCUGCUGCAGAUAGCGGACGUGCUGGACCAGCUGCAGGCCGUCUCCGACAUGGUGAUGAGUCGGGUGUCGCGCCGCGCCGCCGCCUGCCGCCGCCGGCUCGGCGGCCUCCAGCGGCGCGCGGAGGUCGUGUCGGAGCAGGUUCGCCAGCUGGAGGGAGGCACCAAGGCACUUCAGAUAUUCUCCAGCUCCAAGUUCCCGUCGCCGCCGCAGGAAGACACUGGCAUCUCUGACUCUGAGGAUAUUUUCGAACUGGCCGACAAACUGGAAAUGAAGUGGACGGAGGUCCCUUCCAACGGCGAGGACGCCUGGAUUGAGACACCUCCGAAGGAGAAGCUGCAGUUUUUCCACGUGAAGCGGGCUGCGGAGCGCGAGCCGCCGGACCCUUCCAUCCGCCGACCGCCGGACGAACUCCGGUCCGCCGCCUCCCUGCUGGUCUUCAACACCGACAAGAACGCGUUCUCUGGCGGUACCGGGGCGGACCCUCUGCGGGGAGCACCCUCCUCCGGCCAGGGGGCGCCGACCUCCGCCACCAACCCGGGCGAGCAGCUGGCUGAGGCUCCGGUGUCCCUCUACCGAGACCAAAGCUCCACACAGCUGUCCGAGCCGCUGCUGUACCGGCCGGAGCUGGGUGACCUACCGGAGCUGUCGGCGCCGCUGCAGCUGCCCCACCUGCCCGGUAUCGCCGCCGACGUGACCUUCUGUACCGAGCCGGGGCCGGCCAUCGCGCCGUCCGUGCUGCUCGCUGCUGAUCUGCCGCUGCCGGAGCUGCCGCCGGCAGUCGAUGGCGGCAUGGAUCCUGCCGUGCCGCCGCCGCCCCCGCCCCCGCCACCGGCGGGCGGGCAGGUGACAGCGGCAGGACGGGAGGGGGAUGGGGUGGUGACCGCUCCGCCCCCGCCUCCGCCGCCGCCGCCGCCCCCGCCACCGCCGCCUCCACCGCAACCACCGGCGCCAGCAGCGACAGAGGCAUCGCCCGGCCCACCGGAGUCGGCUUCAACUCCCGAAAAGCCGAGUGUGGUGCCCGAUCUGGCCGGCUCUGCGUCUCGCUCGGACCUGAUGGAGGCGAUACGGCAGGCGGGCGGCCGCGGCCGGGCCAAGCUGCGCUCUGUGGCGGCCGCGCCGCCACCGCGACGGACUGAGGAGACGGAGGCACCGCCCAGUGGGGACCUGAUGGCAGACCUGGCGGCCAAGCUCUCCAUUCGGCGAAAGGGUAUCUCCGGCGAGAAGGCCCGUCAGGACUGGGCGGAGGGCUCCGGCGGCGCCCUGGCCAGGGUAUCGGCCCUCAUACCGCCCCCGCCUCCCGGGCCGGGGGACGACGCCGGUGACGACCCGGCCGCUAUAGACCCCGACUGGAGCUGAAGGUUUGGACCGAGGAAGGUGGGAGGCUUUUGUGUCAGAGAUGGAGACUUGUACCGAGUGGAGUUUCAUUGAGAGAGCCGGGCGCUGAAGGUGUGAAGAUUCUGGUGUUAGAGGUGGAGACUCGUGGUACCGAGAGAUGCGUUGUGAGAGGGAGGGGUAUUUGCUGGUCAGAUGCUGGACCAAUGUGCCUUUGCUUGGUGAGGAUAACGCAGGGUGAUAUAUCAUGGCAGGCUGGAAAUUAUCCGGGAUCAAUGUUAUACUGAGAGUAUAGUCAAUUUGAAUUAAUGCAUGCAUUUGUAUCGUCGUUAUCAGAUGUAAGCACUGUGCAAUGUGCAUUUGUAUGUCAAAUGUAUUGAACAAUGUACACAAGUAUUUUUCUGAAUCGCUGAAUACCAUCAUCGACAAACUA